AUGCCCGACGGACUCAAGAAUCCUUUUAUUAGCAAUACCCCAGUGUCUUCACCGGUGAAGCAGAGAACGAAAAGCGGUAAAAGGGUGUCGAAACAAGAUGGGUCGUCUUCAAAUGUGUCGUCUGCGCAGUCAUCUCCCAUGCGAAGGCCCAGAAUGAAUAAUAUGGGGUACACAGAUAGAUAUCUGCCAAACAGAACUGAUAUGGAUUUGAAAUCAAUGAUUUCGGUCGGAUCCUCAAGCCUUCUAGGGCUUCAGCCGUCUCUAUCUGAGAAUCAGCUAGAGUUCAGAAAAGAGCAAGAGGCCUAUGAAACUUUUGAUGCGGUUUUGAAAAACGAGCUGUUCGGGGAAAAGCUGACCAAAGAUUCUAACGAGCCCGAGGAUAGUAUCGAAAAAAUACAAUAUACAUCUUCGACUUUCCAUCAGAAGCCUACCACGCCACCAAGGUCUCAUGCUGCAUCUGAAGACAGUUCCAUCGUGUCUCCUAUUCUAUCUAGUCCUGCCACACCGCGAAGACUCAUUUUCGAUCAUCACCAAAAGCCUAGCACUACUUCAGCCAGGGGUGCUAGUCUACUCACAUACUGUGAUAAAACCACUUCGCGGCCAUCUACUGCAUCACUAAUCCAAACCCAGUAUUCGAGUUCGGCUUCUCCAGUACGACCUGACUCGAAAAAGCUGCUAUUGCAACCCACUAAGAAAAUUCGACAAAUUGCAAAGAUUCCAUACAGGGUUCUCGACGCUCCUUCACUGGCAGACGACUUUUAUUAUGACCUUAUAGACUGGUCAAGCACUGAUAUUCUCGCUGUGGCCCUGGGCAAGUCUAUUUUUUUAACGGACAAUAAAACAAACGACGUUGUUCAAUUGUCGAGCACGGAAGAUGAGUACACCAGUCUGAGCUGGGUGGGAGCGGGCUCCCAUCUUGCCGUAGGGCAGCUCAACGGCUUAGUUAAAAUAUUUGAUGUUGAGAAAAGAAAGUGCAUCAGGACAAUUCCAGGACAUAUUGAUCGCGUUGCCUGUUUAUCAUGGAACAAUCACGUAUUAAGUUCAGGAAGUCGUGAUCGUAGAAUUCUGCACCGUGACGUCAGAACUCCCGCUCCGUGUUUUGAAGAGCUUCACUCGCAUUCGCAGGAAGUUUGCGGACUGAAGUGGAAUGUAGAAGAGAAUAAGCUUGCUUCGGGCGGCAAUGAUAAUUUAGUCUUCGUUUACGACGGGACUUCGCGCAGUCCGACCCUGAAGCUAUCUGAGCAUGCAGCAGCUGUCAAAGCAAUGGCCUGGUCUCCUCACAAAAGGGGGAUUUUGGCGACUGGCGGUGGCACUGCAGACAAAAAGUUGAAAGUAUGGAAUGUCAGGACAGGCAGUAAACUCCACGAUAUGGAUGCUGCCUCACAAGUUUGUAACAUGGUUUGGUCAAAGAAUACAAACGAGAUUGUCACUUCUCAUGGCUACUCAAAAUACAAUCUGACUCUAUGGGAUGGUAAAACAUUGGACCCAGUCGCGAUACUGAAAGGACAUAGUUUCAGGGUCCUGCACAUGACGUUAUCAGCCGAUGGUACAACAGUAGUUUCUGGGGCAGGCGACGAAACAUUGAGGUACUGGAAAUUAUUUGAAAAACCAAAGCCGCAGCUGCAACCUGCAUCUGCUUUACUCAACGCUUUCAAUCAGCUUAGGUAG